UUUAUUAUCUGGUGAAAACGUAAUAACAGCUGAUACUGUAGGCAAUUCUUCUUUUUCCACCAGUGGACGACUGAGGCCAUUUGCCUUUUCCUCUGAAUGAGCGGGUUCUUUUCCACCUACUUACCGCCUGCCGUAGUCGCAAGGCAGCCUGGGUAAUCUGACAGUGAAAGCGGCGGGAGCAUUAUAUUCAUCCUUCAAAUUGUUGCGUUAAUGUCCGGCAGUUAUACUGAACUUCAAUUAAGUCGGUAGCUAUAAUUCUGAACCGGGCGUUGUAAAUAAGGCUCGAGUUUAGCGGUAUCCGAGCUGUUUAGUAGUUAAUGCCGCUGUCUCUUGCUCUCAACGUCUUGUUUUGAAGGUGCUUUUAAACCGUUCCCAGGUGCCGGAGUCUCAACGUUUGUUUUUGGUUAGCCAGCUUUAGCGCUUUGACAACAAUGGCGAAGGUUCAGGUGUUAAAUGUGGCCGUCCUGGACAAUCCGAGUCGCUUUGGAAACCCUUUUCAGUUUGAGAUUACGUUUGAGUGUAUGGAGGACCUUCCCGAAGACCUCGAAUGGAAGAUCAUCUACGUUGGCUCAGCAGAGAGCGAAGAGUACGAUCAAAUCCUCGACUCUGUCUUGGUCGGCCCCGUGCCCGCUGGGAGACAUAUGUUUGUGUUUCAGGCUGAUGCCCCAAACACUGGAUUGAUUCCUGAAAGUGAUGCUGUUGGUGUGACCGUAGUGCUUAUUACCUGCACAUACCGUGGCCAGGAGUUCAUUCGCAUCGGUUACUAUGUGAACAAUGAAUACACAGAACCGGAGCUUCGGGAAAAUCCACCGAUCAAGCCCAACUACACACAGCUCCAGAGAAAUAUUCUGGCAUCAAACCCGCGUGUGACCAGAUUCCAUAUAAACUGGGAUGGCUGUGCAGAGCGAAUGGAGGACUGUGAAAAUGUGGAUCCCACGUCAAACUCCAUGCUCCCUCCCUCUUGUCUCCCAGGAAAGGCCCCCCCAUUGGGGCUACUACCGGAUAACUCUAUGGACUGCUUAUAGAGACGACCCUGCCCCAAAUGUGAUACGUGUCAUUUGCAAGGAAGGUUAUGACCGUCUGACACUUAUAGAUUGGGAGUUCAUUGCCAUGACGUUGAAAGCAAUAUCGAAGUUGUUUAACUCAUGGAAUGGAAAAAGGUAACCAACUAUAUGGAAUAAUGCAGCUGAACUGAAACGGCGCGGCAAGCUGAUGUGUGAUUCACCUUCCUUCCUUCUGUUGUUACAGAACUCCUUUAUACCUGUAUGAGAGGAUUCCAGCAACGAAGCUAAAGUCAAAUAAAUUAUAAUACACUGCCGUACAGGAAUUUGAUAUUCUGCCAUUAUAUUUGUGUUCAAAUUAUUUUUUUGCACUUACACAUUUUUCCACUUAGAUUGUUGAGCUGUGUGUGGGAUACAUCCAUGUUUUUGUUUGCUUGCAACUUUCCCAAAUUAAAAAUAAUAUUAUUAAUGUA